AUGCCAAGACGUAAAUCCCUGCAAAACCAAACCAAAGAGUUGGAAAAAUACUUGCUGAAUUGCAUUUUGGUCACCUCUUUAGUGAAUAAAGUCAGCAAAUGGUCUACUGGAGAAUUUUUACUACAUGCUAAAAGUGGAAAAGAAGAAACUGAAGACUCUCACAGCCCAUUAUUAUCUGUUAACGCGUUGCCUGCAGAACCUAUCCACUUUAGGACUAGGCAUAAACAAAUGGCUUCAACAUUCGGUAUUGCAGAAAUUCACUCCUGA